AUGGUCGUCGGAGGCGGAGGGGAUGUAUCCAAACAGUAUUCCACUCUGGUCGAUUUCCUCUCCCAGGAUUUCUCCCUCGGAGCCAUCAACGACUACCAAGUGACCUUCAACGACAACUAUGCCACGAUAGCCCGCCUGCUGGCCAACGAGUUCGGUCAGGGAUUCGACGAUGGCGUGUACCAUCACCGCGACGCGCCGUUUGUCAAGCGCUCCAACGGCAGUCUUCCUCGCAGCCUGAGCCCCUCUGAACAAGCAGUGCUGGAACUGCAAGGCUCGUUCAUCCUACCCAGUCAAUCGAUCGCGGACUCCUUCGUGGCCGCCUUCUUCGACCGCGUACAUCCUAUCUUGCCUAUCCUCGACAAAUCCAAUUUCAUGAAACGCUAUUAUAGCAUGAACACGGAGUCGACGGGCAUCUCUCUGCUCCUUUUACAAGGCAUCCUUCUCUCGGGCUCUACAACAUUCGCAUCACCUCUCCUGGACGAGCCGCCCGAAGAGGUCAGCCAGAAGCUCUAUGUCCGUGCCAAAGCCCUCAUCGAGAACCGAUUCGAACAGGAUCGUCAGACUCUCGUUCAGGUGCAUCUCUUGUUCAGCACGUUCGGCUCAGAUAGUUGCGACGAUACGAUCCAGAACAUGUGGCUGUCCAUUGGUUCUGCGGUGCGCAUUGCACAGGGCGUAGGAAUGCACCGGUCCUUGGGAAAAGCCAGUGCCAGUCUCGCCAUGCGGCGUCAGUGGAGGCGGAUAUGGUGGACAUUGUUCGUUCAUGAUGUGAGUUAA